AUGUUCGACCCAGAGUUUGGUCGUAGAGCACGGAAUGCAUCAUCCUCCACCGCUCGUGAGGGCUCCCCCGUUCGUCCCAGCAGUGCGAUGUCAAUAGACGGCUCCUCGCCCUCCUCACCAACGAAACGGAGAAGAGGCGGAUAUGGGGAUAGAUUCAUCCCGAAUCGCCAGGGCGUGGAUUUACAUGCUGGGUUCAAUAUGGUCGAGAUACCGACUACACCGACAAAGACGAAGAGACGGUGGGCGGGGAGUGGUCCACAGGGCGAGAUUGAUGCGCAGAGAAUUGAGGAGGCGAAUCAGACUUUCUCGACGUUGUUGAGGAGUGAGUUGUUUGGGAAAGACAUACCCGCCUCCUCAUCAUCAAUGGGGAUGGGCGGGCAUGGAGGGGGUGCCAUGGGGGCGUUGGGGACGAGUCCGAGUAAUGCCGGGUUCGGAGGUGCGUUCGCGGAUCCGCGGAUUGGGAUGAAAACGCCGCCGCGGAGUACGGGUGCGAGUAGUGUGGUGAAUGGGUAUGGAAACACUCAGCCGUCGACACCGAGUUCGAGGAAUUUAUUUACGUAUAUGAGUCCGCGGAAGAGGAAUACGCCUGAUGGCCGGAGUCCCGGGUAUAGGGGUGUUGAUGAUCCGACGCGGGAUAUCUACAGUUUGAGUCCGGUGCGGUUUGAUUCUCAGCAGUUACUCUUGAGUCCGAGGAAGCAGACGAGGCAGAUUUCGAAGGUGCCGUAUAAGGUCCUCGACGCACCGGAUUUGAAAGAUGACUUCUAUCUCAACUUGGUGGACUGGAGUUCGGAGAAUGUCUUGGGUGUUGGGCUUGGGUCUUCGGUGUAUUUGUGGGAUGCGACCACGGCAAAGGUGAACAAGCUGACAGAUCUGGCGAAUGGGGAGAGUGUGACGAGUGUUUCGUGGAUUGGGCGUGGAACGCAUGUCGCUGUGGGGUCGAGUAAAGGCCAAGUUUACAUCUUCGAUGCGGAGCGUCAGAAGCGGUUACGGACGAUGACGGGGCAUACGAGUCGUGUGGGUGCUCUGGCGUGGAAUGAGCAUAUCUUGUCCUCUGGAGGGAGAGAUCGUGCGAUUUUCCACCGUGAUGUGCGGAUACCUGAACACCAUAUCCGCAAACUGACGGGUCACAAGCAAGAAGUCUGUGGACUGAAGUGGAAUACCGAGGAUGGUCAACUCGCCUCUGGAGGUAACGACAAUCGACUCUAUGUCUGGAACCAGUUGGACGAUACACCGCUGCAUAAGUUUACGGACCACGUCGCGGCUGUCAAGGCUAUUGCGUGGAAUCCGCAUCAGAGGGGUAUUUUGGCGAGUGGAGGCGGAACCGCGGACAAGAAGAUUAAGUUUUGGAAUACCAUAACCGGGCAGAUGAUCAACGAAGUAGACACCGGCUCUCAGGUAUGCAACCUCGCAUGGUCCAGAAAUACCAAUGAAAUUGUCUCCACGCACGGGUUCACACAUCACCAAGUCAUCGUGUGGAAAUACCCUUCUAUGCAACAGGUCGCGCAGUUGACGGGCCAUACGUCUCGCGUGCUAUACCUUGCGAUGAGUCCGGAUGGACAGACGAUCGUGACGGGAGCGGGGGAUGAGACGUUGAGGUUCUGGAAUGUGUUUAAUAAGGGGAAGCCCGAUUUCCGGAAGUUGAGUUUGUUGGAUCCGUAUACGAAGAUCCGCUAA